AUGAUAAGCGCCGCUUUUGCUUUUCAAGUUGUCCACAUCUGUAAAGUUGGUGGUGGUUCAGAUCACCUUCUGGUGAAUGCAGUGUGGGACCCCCAGAUAAAGGCAGUGGACAAUGGGCGCCCACAGAAAUCCUCCACGGCCCGCCUCCACAUUGAAUGGAUUAAGAAACCACCCCCUUCACCUAUACCACUGACUUUUGAUGAGCCGUUUUAUAACUUCACAGUAAUGGAAAGCGAUAGAGUCACCGAGAUUGUGGGGGUGGUGUCUGUGCAGCCAGCUAACACCCCUCUGUGGUUUGACAUAGUUGGGGGGAAUUUUGACAGCUCUUUUGACGCAGAGAAGGGUGUUGGGACCAUUGUCAUUGCCAAACCUUUGGAUGCGGAGCAGAGGUCCAUCUAUAAUAUGAGUGUGGAAGUCACCGAUGGGACAAAUGUUGCUGUCACUCAGGUAUUUAUCAAAGUGCUGGAUAAUAAUGAUAAUGGCCCAGAAUUCUCUCAGCCGAAUUACGAUGUGACAAUUUCCGAGGACGUGCUUCCAGAUACAGAGAUACUGCAGAUUGAAGCCACCGAUAGAGACGAGAAACACAAGCUGAGCUACACUGUCCACAGCAGCAUCGACUCUGUCAGUAUGAGAAAAUUCCGGAUUGACCCCAGCACCGGUGUGCUCUACACGGCCGAGAGGCUGGACCAUGAGGCCCAGGACAAGCACAUCCUCAACAUAAUGGUCAGAGAUCAGGAGUUUCCUUAUCGAAGAAACUUGGCCCGAGUCAUUGUGAAUGUGGAAGAUGCUAAUGAUCACAGUCCUUAUUUUACCAACCCACUGUAUGAAGCAUCUGUAUUUGAAUCGGCUGCUCUGGGAUCAGCUGUUCUGCAGGUGACGGCUCUGGACAAAGACAAAGGGGAAAAUGCAGAACUCAUAUAUACCAUAGAAGCAGGGAACACUGGGAACACAUUUAAGAUUGAACCAGUCCUGGGCAUCAUCACCGUUUCCAAAGAACCAGACAUGACAACGACGGGUCAGUUUGUACUGUCGGUCAAAGUCACGGAUCAGGGUUCCCCACCAAUGUCUGCCACUGCAAUUGUGCGCAUUUCCGUUACCAUGUCUGAUAAUUCUCACCCCAAGUUCACUCACAAAGACUACCAAGCAGAAGUAAAUGAAAACGUUGAUAUUGGAACGUCAGUCAUUUUAAUCUCUGCCAUCAGUCAGUCUACCCUCAUUUAUGAAGUCAAAGAUGGAAACAUCGAUGGGAUCUUUACCAUAAAUCCGUAUUCUGGAGUCAUCACCACCCGGAAGGCACUGGAUUACGAGCGUACUUCCUCUUAUCAGCUCAUCAUUCAGGCCACUAACAUGGCAGGAAUGGCUUCCAAUGCCACAGUCAAUAUUCAGAUUGUUGAUGAAAAUGAUAAUGCCCCAGUGUUUCUCUUUUCUCAAUAUUCAGGCAGCCUAAGUGAGGCUGCCCCAGUCAAUAGCAUCGUCAGGAGCUUGGAUAACAGCCCACUGGUGAUUCGAGCCACUGAUGCUGACAGCAACCGGAAUGCUCUGCUGGUAUAUCAAAUUGUGGAGUCCACGGCCAAGAAGUUCUUCACAGUGGAUUCCAGUACAGGUGCAAUCAGAACAAUUGCCAACCUGGACCAUGAAACUAUUGCCCAUUUCCAUUUUCAUGUGCAUGUGAGAGACAGUGGCAGCCCCCAGCUGACUGCAGAGAGUCCUGUUGAAGUCAACAUAGAGGUGACAGAUGUGAACGAUAACCCGCCUAUUUUUACUCAGGCUGUGUUUGAGACCAUCUUACUUCUGCCCACCUAUGUUGGAGUAGAGGUUCUGAAAGUUAGUGCCACAGAUCCUGACUCCGAGGUGCCCCCUGAACUGACAUAUAGCCUAAUGGAAGGCAGCUUGGAUCAUUUUCUAAUUGACUCCAACAGUGGAGUACUCACCAUAAAAAACAACAACCUCUCCAAAGAUCACUACAUGUUGAUAGUUAAAGUAUCUGAUGGAAAGUUCUACAGUACGGCCGUGGUCACCAUCUUGGUUAAAGAAGCCAUGGAUAGUGGCCUCCACUUUACACAAAGCUUUUACUCGACCUCGAUCUCAGAGAACAACACUAACAUAACCAAAGUUGCUAUUGUCAAUGCCAUUGGAAAUCGCCUUAAUGAGCCCUUAAAAUAUAGCAUCCUAAACCCAGGAAAUAAGUUCAAGAUAAAAUCUACCUCAGGGGUCAUUCAGACCACCGGAGUCCCCUUUGACCGUGAAGAACAAGAGUUAUAUGAGCUGGUGGUGGAAGCCAGCCGCGAGCUAGACCAUCUGCGUGUGGCUAGAGUGGUGGUGAGGGUUAACAUUGAAGACAUAAAUGAUAAUUCCCCAGUCUUUGUGGGUCUCCCUUACUAUGCUGCUGUGCAAGUUGAUGCUGAGCCUGGGACUCUGAUUUACCAGGUGACAGCCAUUGACAAAGAUAAAGGUGCAAAUGGAGAAGUGACCUAUGUCCUACAGGAUGACUAUGGCCACUUUGAGAUCAACCCUAAUCCAGGGAAUGUUAUUUUAAAAGAAGCAUUCAACUCUGACUUGUCUAACAUUGAGUAUGGAGUCACCAUCCUAGCCAAAGAUGGUGGAAAACCCUCUUUAUCCACAUCUGUGGAACUUCCCAUCACAAUCGUCAACAAAGCAAUGCCUGUGUUUGAUAAGCCCUUUUAUACAGCAUCGAUCAACGAAGACAUCAGAAUGGAUACCCCCAUUCUAAGCAUCAAUGCCACCAGUCCAGAAGGCCAAGGCAUAAUAUAUAUCAUUAUUGAUGGGGAUCUUUACAAACAGUUUAACAUUGACUUUGACACCGGGGUCCUGAAAGUUGUUAGUCCUUUGGAUUAUGAAAUUACAUCUGUUUACAGGUUGACGGUAAGAGCCAGUGAUGCCCUUACUGGUGCCAGGGCUGAAGUCACCGUUGACUUGCUGGUUAAUGAUGUAAAUGACAACCCCCCUAUUUUCGAUCACCCCACAUAUAACACAACAUUAUCAGAAGCAUCUCUCAUUGGAACACCUGUUUUGCAAGUUGUCUCUACUGAUGCAGACUCGGAAAAUAAUAAAUUGGUACAUUAUCAGAUUGUCCAGGACACUUACAACAGCACAGAUUAUUUUCACAUAGACAGCGCAAGUGGCUUAAUCCUGACAGCACGGAUGCUGGACCACGAGUUAGUGCAACACUGCACUUUGAAAGUCAGAGCAACAGAUAAUGGCUUCCCAUCACUGAGCAGUGAGGUCCUGGUUCAUAUCUAUAUCUCAGACAUAAAUGACAACCCUCCCGUUUUUAAUCAGCUCAUUUAUGAAUCAUAUGUGAGUGAAUUAGCCCCCCGGGGCCAUUUUGUAACCUGUGUUCAAGCCUCUGAUGCAGACAGCUCUGAUUUUGACCGCUUGGAGUAUAGCAUUUUAUCUGGGAAUGACCGGACGAGCUUUCUGAUGGAUGGCAAGAGUGGCGUCAUCACACUGUCCAACCACCGGAAACAGAGAAUGGAGCCUCUGUACAGUCUCAACGUGUCAGUGUCUGAUGGGUUGUUCACUAGCACUGCACAGGUGCAUAUCAGGGUACUUGGGGCUAACCUGUACAGCCCUGCCUUUUCCCAAAGCACCUACGUAGCUGAAGUGAGAGAGAACGCAGCCGCUGGGACAAAGGUAAUUCAUGUUCGGGCUACAGAUGGGGAUCCAGGGACAUAUGGACAGAUCACUUAUGCCAUCAUCAAUGACUUUGCUAAGGAUCGAUUCCUCAUAGACAGCAAUGGACAAGUCAUCACAACAGAAAGGCUUGACCGGGAGAACCCUCUGGAAGGAGACAUUAGUAUUUUUUUGAGGGCCCUUGAUGGUGGAGGGAGAACGACUUUUUGCACUGUGAGAGUGAUUGUUGUGGAUGAAAAUGACAACGCUCCCCAGUUCAUGACAGUGGAGUACAGAGCCAGCGUCAGGGCAGACGUUGGAAGGGGCCAUUUGGUCACGCAGGUUCAAGCCAUGGAUCCAGAUGACGGCGCUAAUUCACGGAUUACCUACUCUCUAUAUAGUGAGGCCUCAGUGUCGGUGGCUGACCUCCUAGAAAUCGAUCCUGACAAUGGCUGGAUGGUCACUAAGGGCAAUUUUAACCAGCUGAAAAACACAGUGCUGUCAUUCUUUGUCAAAGCAGUAGAUGGGGGCAUUCCAGUAAAGCACUCCCUCAUUCCUGUCUAUAUCCACGUCCUGCCCCCUGAAACAUUCUUGCCUUCAUUCACCCAGUCUCAAUAUUCUUUUACUGUUUCAGAAGAUACAGCCAUUGGGAGCACGGUGGACACGCUGCGAAUUUUGCCCAGUCACAGUGUCAGAUUCAGCACAGUUAAUGGGGAACGGCCAGAAAAUAACAAAGGGGGUGUCUUUGUCAUAGAGCAGGAAACAGGCACAAUCAAGCUUGACAAACGCCUUGAUCAUGAAGUCAGCCCAGCGUUCCACUUUAAGGUAGCAGCCACCAUACCCCUGGACAAGGUAGACAUUGUGUUUACUGUAGAUGUAGAUAUCAAGGUGCUGGAUUUGAAUGACAACAAACCAGUCUUUGAAACUUCCAGCUACGAGACGAUCAUAAUGGAAGGGAUGCCUGUCGGCACCAAACUCACACAGGUGAGAGCCAUCGACAUGGAUUGGGGAGCCAAUGGGCAGGUCACUUACUCCCUGCACUCGGAUUCCCAGCCUGAAAAGGUAAUGGAAGCCUUCAAUAUUGACAGCAACACAGGCUGGAUCAGUACCUUGAAGGACCUGGAUCACGAGACAGAUCCCGCCUUCACCUUCUCUGUGGUGGCCUCCGACCUGGGAGAGGCCUUCUCUCUUUCAUCCACGGCUUUGGUCUCUGUCAGGGUGACGGAUAUAAAUGACAACGCACCAGUCUUUGCCCACGAGGUGUACCGAGGGAAUGUGAAGGAGAGCGACCCUCCUGGAGAGGUGGUAGCCGUGCUCAGCACAUGGGACAGAGACACUUCCGACAUUAAUCGCCAAGUGAGCUACCAUAUUACAGGAGGGAACCCCCGAGGAAGGUUUGCUCUGGGCCUGGUGCAGAGUGAGUGGAAGGUCUAUGUGAAAAGACCUUUAGAUAGAGAAGAACAAGACAUUUACUUCCUCAAUAUCACUGCUACCGACGGGCUUUUUGUCACACAGGCCAUGGUAGAAGUGACUGUCAGUGAUGUGAAUGACAAUAGCCCAGUGUGUGAUCAGGUUGCAUACACAGCAUUAUUUCCUGAAGAUAUUCCAUCAAAUAAAAUCAUCCUGAAAGUCCGUGCCAAGGAUGCAGAUAUUGGAUCCAAUGGAGAUAUACGAUACUCACUGUACGGAUCUGGAAACAAUGAAUUUUUUCUAGAUCCAGAAAGUGGUGAAUUAAAAACAUUGGCUCUUUUGGACCGGGAAAGGGUCCCCGUGUACAACCUGAUUGCCAGGGCCACUGACGGUGGUGGCAGGUUCUGCCAAUCCGACAUCCACCUGAUCCUGGAGGACGUGAACGAUAACCCCCCUGUGUUUUCUUCCGAGCACUACAAUGCCUGUGUCUAUGAGAACACGGCCACCAAGGCUCUCUUGACCAGAGUUCAAGCCGUGGAUCCUGAUGUUGGCAUCAACAGGAAGGUGGUGUACUCCCUGGCCGACUCUGCCGAUGGGUUCUUCUCCAUCGACGGCUCAUCAGGCAUCAUUAUCCUAGAGCAGCCGCUGGACCGAGAGCAGCAGCCCUCCUACAACAUCAGCGUCCAGGCCACCGACCAGAGCCCCGGCCAGGCUCUCUCCUCUCUUGCCACGGUCACCAUCACUGUCCUGGACAUUAAUGACAACCCCCCUGUGUUUGAGAGGAGGGACUACCUGGUGACGGUGCCUGAGGACACCUCCCCUGGCACCCAAGUGCUUGCUGUUUUUGCCACCAGCAAAGAUAUUGGCACAAAUGCUGAGAUUACGUAUCAAAUCCGGUCUGGGAAUGAACAAGGGAGAUUUAGAAUCAACCCAAAGACAGGGGGUAUUUCUGUCUCUGAAGUGCUGGACUAUGAAUUAUGCAAAAAGUUUUACCUGGUGGUGGAAGCCAAAGAUGGGGGCACCCCAGCUCUCAGUGCCGUGACCACCGUCAGCAUCAACCUCACAGAUGUGAAUGACAACCCUCCCAGGUUCAGCCAAGAUGUCUACAGUGCCGUCAUAAGUGAAGAUGCCUUGGUCGGGGACUCUGUCAUUUUGCUAAUAGCAGAAGAUGCAGAUAGCCCACCCAAUGGACAGAUUCAUUUUUCCAUCGUGAAUGGAGAUCGGGACGAUGAAUUUGCUGUGGAGCCUGUCCUGGGACUUGUAAAGGUUAAGAAGAAAUUAGACCGCGAACGGGUGUCUGGAUACUCCCUGCUCGUCCAGGCAGUAGACAGUGGCACUCCUGCAAUGUCAUCAACUGCCACCGUCAACAUUGAUAUUUCUGAUGUGAACGACAACAGCCCGGUGUUCACCCCUGCUAACUACACUGCUGUGAUUCAGGAAAACAAGCCAGUAGGCACCAGCAUUCUGCAGCUGGUGGUGACAGACAGAGACUCCUUUCACAAUGGGCCUCCCUUCUCCUUCUCUAUUCUGUCGGGAAACGAAGAGGAGGAGUUCAUAUUGGACCCACAUGGGGUCCUGCGGUCAGCUGUGGUCUUCGGGCACACGGAGUCUCCGGAAUAUGUGCUGUGUGUCCAGAACAGUAACAGGGGACGGAGGAAGAAGCAAACACGGGUAGAGGAAUAG